AUGGCGGAUAGAACCGGGGCGAUUUCAUCCCCGGCCCCUGUCGAGGCAGGCCCGGAGGUUGAAGAAUUUGCCAAUGCGCUCGACGAAUGCCUCGCGCCGUUCCUUUCACCCGCCGAGAAGAAGGAACGACUCCUGGACCUCCCACGCCGAUAUUACGAAAACGCCAUUCUACGACUAGCGAAACAUAGACCGAAGCGCGUCGGAGGUAGUCACGAUGAUAUCGACAUGGACGUCGAUGAGGCUGAGGAAGCCGGUGUUGCUCUCAGCGCCGCAGAGACGAAGCGCGUAGAGGGAGAAGCUCAGACCUGGGAUCUCAUUCGACGUCUUAUGCCUCUCCGACAUGCCGCAGCCAGAGAGAACCCAUUUAUAACGUUCCAUGAAAACCAAGGUGCUGGUUCGGACCUGUUCAAAAUCAAGAAUUCCUCCGGCGAUUUGCUGAAAGACUUGUUGCACAAAGACCAAGAGGCGCAAGAGCGCCAUGCUGUCUUGCAGUGGCUGCAGGCGAAUGCUGCCAGCGGUCCAGACAUCGACACCAUGGUGGAGGAUCUGCAACAGAAUGCCGAUCGUGGGGAUGUGAUUGCUCACGGGUGGCUGCACACGCGAUCCAAGAUUAAGCUACGCAAGAGCGUGACUGGCUGGUCUCAUCUACUCGAACGUCAAACACCCAACAUCGCCGAGUCACACGUCAACUCGACUGGCGCGCCUCUCGUUACGAACCUCGACCCUGAUGCCGUGACUCGCCAAGACCGAAAGCUGGAGCCCCAAGACGACUACUUCGAGCGCGCAAUCUGGCUGGGCUGCUUUGAGCACCUGCGACGCGGAAGUAGCCUAGAAGAGCUUCGUGACUGGUGUCAGGAGCGGACGGAAAUGUGGCGAGCUAUUUCCAUGUCCGCCGCCCUCUUCUCCUCGGACGAAACACAGGAAAAAGUCGACGUGGCCCCAGAGUCUUUGAUGCUGUGGCGCCGUAUGUGCUAUGCCCUUGCCUGCAACCGUGGUUCCUCUGAAUACGAGCGAGCUGUCUACGGUAUCCUCUCCGGUGAUGUUGCUAGCGUCGAGGGUGUAGCAAAGACAUGGGACGACCAUCUUUUCGCACACUACAACGCCCUGGUCCGAACACAGCUGGACCUCUUCGCUCUUAGCAAGUGCCCGCAGGACGUCGCAUCCAACAUCAACCAGUGCUUCCCGGUGUAUAAUGCCCCAUGUUACAAUGGUGGCGAAACCGAAAAGCGACUUAUGCGCUCGCUGGAAGCCAAUGCCGCCAUCAAGGACGAAGCCGAGCAACCCAUCAAGGCUCUGCAAGCAUCCGUCAUUGCCGACGACACGGGCCACCACCUGUUCGAGCAAGGCCUAAGUAUUGAACUCAAAAAUCCUGGCAAGAGUUUUACAGCUUCCAUGGUAGGCCACGAAAUCGCCGAGCACAAAUACUUUUCUCCGGAACAGCAUGACGGGCUUCGAAUUGUUACGCACGUCUAUAUUCUCCAACUGCUCAUGGAAAAACAAGAUGCCGAAGACAAUGUGCGCACAUCAAAGCAACCGCCAAACUGGCGCUUCACGCAGGAGUGUAUUGUUGGCGCGUAUGCCGAGUAUCUGCGACGGGCUGGCCUGCAUGAGCUUAUCCCCUUGUACUGCUCUACUGUGGAAGCUCCUCGAUGCUACAAGAUACUCUCCCGAAACCUCAUCCAUGAAGACGACCACAAUCAGCGCCUAAUACAGCUCAAGCUGGUAAAGAAGGCCGGUAUUGAUGUUCUUCAAUUUGUUGAGGAGCAAGCCAACCUAAUGUAUUUCGAGCUCAACAUUGACGCCGAGCUGACCAAGCAACCGCCACCCGAGAUUCACUUUAGGAUUGUCAACGCUGGCCGCCCGACAUCACGACAAGGACGCGCGAUCAAGCCUGAUUUCUUUGGCGAGGAGGAGGAUGCAAUCGAUACUAAGGACGAGCACCUUAUCCGCUCCAUUGAAUGGCUGGCCUUGGUACACGAAAAGUGGCCCAAGGUCUUUUCCAUCGGCACCAAGGCGUAUAAAUAUUUCCUAACAAACAUGCACCUUAACGCUGCGAGACAGCUGAUGCGACGCGUCCCAUUCAACGACAUGCUUCGUAGGAUAAUGGAGCAGGACGAAGCGGAGGCGCCACAGAUCAACGAUGUGCGAUUCUGGGAGGACCAGCUGGAAAGGAGCAACAUCCUCGACGAAAAGCCCGAGCAAGUCAUGGCUGACGCCCGCAAUUUCCGCGAUCUGGAGGCGAUAGUUGCGGCGUUGGACAGCUUGGAGACGAUAGCAUCGCUGGUGAUUCUUUCAGCAGAGAUGCCUACAACGAACCGCAAAUUCUGGGCUAGUGUUGGCGACGGUAUUAAGGCUGCUAAAGAAAACAUGCAACCCCUAUUGAAAGGCUGGCUUGUUCUAAGUAUUGCUGAGGGUGAUGAGGAAUUAAGCAAAAUCCGCCGCGAGUAUCUCCCCGAAACGAUCCUGGCCUACGUCAGCGCGCUGCACUUUGCGGGCACGGGUCUGUCGCGCGACAACCUGCUCGAGAGCAUGGAAUUGGCGACAGUGGUUGCAGAGCGCAGCUCCGACUUGACGUCGGUAUUUUCGGCGACGAAGCGCAUGACGGAGCUGGUUGAGGCGCUGGCGGCAUGCAGCAAGGCACUGGCCAUUGCGACGGGCGAGAAGCGCGCGACUGGUGCCCCCAGCAAGAAGCUGCGGGAGAUGGGGUGGUCGCGGGACAUUUGGUCCGUCAAGUCGUAG